AUGGAUAAGCACGGUGUGAAGGCCCCCUUGUGGAAGAAGGACCUGGAGGAGCCCGGGGCCAGGGAGGCGGAGCAGGAGGAAGCGGAGGAGGAGGCGGAGGACGAGGACGAGGACGAGGACGAGGAGAGGCCGCCGCAGGAGAGCGCGGCGGGGGACCCGGAGCUGGGCGCGGAGGCGGAGGGGGGCGAGGGCCGCGAGCCGCGCCGCGUGAGCUACUGCCCGCUGCGCCAGGAGCCCAGCACCCAGCAGGUGGCGCUGCUGCGCCGCGCGGACAGCGGCUUCUGGGGCUGGCUCAGCCCGUUCGCGCUGCUGGGCGGCCUGGGGGCGCCGGCCGACAGGAAGCGGAGCCUCCCGGAGGAGCCGUGCGUGCUGGAGACGCGGCGGCGACCGCCGCGCACAGGGUGCUGUGCGCGCUGCGAGAUCCUUUUUUGCAAGAAAUGCGGGACCCUGCACAGCCACCCGGCCUACGUGGCGCACUGCGUUCUGGAUCACCCGGAUCUGGGUAAGGCGGGGGCCGCUGGGGGCUCCUGGGGGCCCCCACUCUCAGCCUCUGUGCCCUCCAUCCUCGCCUGA